AUGAAGCGUCGAAAUCAACUAGCUGCAUUGGCUAAUUAUCAUCGAAAAAUGUUAAGAACAUGCACGCAUGUACCAAUUCCUGAAGUAAAUCCGUUUCAUCCCACAAUGACUGAAACCGUUAUCAGUUUUCCUGAUGAAGUAGGAGGUUAUCUAGUUGAGAGCCGAAGAAGUAACGACACCGAUGUAAUAGAAGACAGCGAAGAUGAAAACAUUAGUCAAAGGGGGAAUGUAAGUCAUUUGACUAUAUCAAACUCAAGUGGCGAAGAUAACAUAGCUACUUCGACGUUUACCUUUCCUCCCUCACAUACUUAUUUUGGAAAUGAGCAUCAAACUAGUCCACUAAAAACAGAUAACGUCGCUACCACUGACGUGGCCACAUCUUGUACAGCAGCUGCACCAUCUGAUGCCAAAGAAAUCUGUAAAGAAAAUAGGGAUGUUACUACUUACGGACCUCUUAAGCAGUCUCCAAACUCACCAGAAGAUGAACCAUUUGGUGCCAAAGCUUCUGUUUCUGGAAUCUGUAAAGAAAACUUGGAUGCUACUACUUACGGAUCUCUUCAGCAGUCUCCAAACUCACAAGCAGCAAAAACAUUUGGUUCCAAAGCUUCUGUUUCUGGAAUCUGUAAAGAAAACUGGGAUGCUACUACUUACGGAUCUCUUCAGCAGUCUCCAAACUUACCAGUGGCAGAACCAUUUAGUGCCAAAGCAUCUGUUUCUGGAAUCUUUAAAGAAACUCAGAUGCUUUUACUUACGGAUAUCUACUACAGUCUUCAUGCAAACAAGCACCAGUACCAUCUAAUGCUAAAAGAGCUAUCGAGUUUAAAACCCGCAAAGAAAACUCAAAUUAUGAUAUCAAAAAUAUUAGUUUAUUUGAAGAUCAUACGGUAG